UGCCGCCGGUGAGGGGAGAGAGGAGAGAGUUUGAAACAAGCAAUUUGAAAAGUGGAUGAAGAGGAAGGAGGUGGGCUGAUAUCGCCCGCUGCCAGACAUGGGAGCCGCCACCGUCUCCAGCAGCCUGGGGGUCCUCCUGUACUGCUCGGUUCUCAGCUGUGUCUACGCUCUGGUUGACGCAGAUGAUGUCAUUACCAGGGAUGAACAGAUUUACUUGCUGCUUCAUGCUAAACGGAAGUGUGAACAGAAGUUGAACUCCAAGAUGAAUAAAGCUGCUGAAGGGUACUGUGCUCCCCAGUGGGAUGGGAUCCUUUGCUGGCCAGAAGGACCACCAGGGAAAUUGGUGCCAAUGCAAUGCCCAGAUUAUAUUUAUGAUUUCAACCACCAAGGCCAUGCUUAUCGACAAUGUAAUGUGAAUGGGAGCUGGGAGCUUGCACCAAGCAAUAACCGAACAUGGGCAAAUUACACAGAAUGUGCCAGGUACCUAGCACAUAUGAACCAGGUUGCAGAAAAGGACAUCUUUGAUCGUCUGUACCUCAUUUACACCGUGGGAUAUUCCGUUUCCUUAUGCUCACUAACUGUGGCAGUUAUUAUCCUGGGCUACUUCAGGCGCCUACACUGUACCAGGAACUACAUACACAUCCAUCUCUUUGUCUCUUUUAUGCUCCGAGCCAUUAGUAUCUUUGUGAAAGAUGCAGUGCUGUACUCAGAAACUGCAUUCUUAAAUCUGGAAAGAGUUAACUUGGAGGAUCUGAAAUCUAUAACUGAUGCACCUCCAUCCCAAGACAAGUCUCAGUAUAUUGGCUGCAAGGUGGCUGUCACCAUUUUCCUUUACUUCUUGGCUACUAAUUACUACUGGAUCCUGGUGGAAGGUCUCUAUCUGCAUAGCCUCAUCUUCAUGACUUUUUUCUCUGAUAAAAAGUAUCUUUGGGGCUUCACCUUAAUAGGUUGGGGUGUUCCUGCUGUAUUUGUGGCAGCAUGGGCAAGCGUGAGGGCGACGCUGGCAGAUACACAGUGUUGGGACUUAAGUGCUGGGAAUUUAAAGCUGAUUUAUCAACUACCCAUUUUGGCAGCAAUAUUGGUUAACUUCAUGCUUUUCAUUAACAUUAUUCGCGUUUUAGCCACAAAGCUAAGGGAGACCAAUGCUGGAAGAUGUGAUACCCGACAGCAGUACCGAAAGCUCCUGAAGUCAACUCUAGUCUUGACUCCUCUGUUUGGAGUUCACUACAUUGUGUUCAUGGCUAUUCCUUACACGGAGGUGUCCGGCACUCUCUGGCAGAUCCAGAUGCAUUAUGAAAUGCUUUUUAAUUCCUCUCAGGGUUGCUUUGUGGCUGUCAUCUACUGUUUCUGCAAUGGAGAGGUCCAGAGUGAGAUUAAAAAGGCAUGGGCACGAUGGACCUUAGCACUUGACUUCAAACGCAAAGCCCGUGGGGGGAGCACCAACUACAGCUAUGGACCAAUGGUGUCACACACCAACAACAGUAUCAGCACCAAUCUGACCACCCGAGCCCCACAAGCCGUCCACCUCAAUAGCCGACUGGGCAGCGGAGUAUUGAAUGGGCAUCGGAACCUGCCAGGCUACGUUAAGAAUACUUCAGUCUCUGAGAACUCACCACCCUCAUCUCUACCUGAGCAGAAUGGCAAGGAUGAUGAGCACUGCAGGAGUUUAGGGGCUUCAGAGACCCACAAACCUUCGUUAGUUGUCAAGGAAGAGAGGGAAACUGUAAUGUGAUUGGUAGGCAGUUGCAUAGGGAGCAUCCAGUCUACACACAACUGAACUCCUCAACCAUAAGACAAUAGCAAUGGAUUGAAUUAUAUUCCACUUGUUUCACUACACUGGUAAGAACAGAGUACUCCAACUGGAAAAUACCUGAAAUACGGACAGAGAUUCAGGAAGACUUUAUCCCCCAAAGAUUGGUUGUAUCAUUGAAUAGUGAUUUAGAUUUUAGUCAAGCACUGUUCCUCAAUGUCAUCACAAUUGCCAGUAUUCAGUGGAUAGACUCAAAAUAACGUUGGUGACAUUUGUUGCUUCUGCAUGGCCUGAAUCUAUCAGAGUAAAUUUUCUCUGUCGUUUGCAUGUCAUCACCCGAGGGCCCAUUCACAUGUUAAAGGAGCAUCAACUGAUAGACCAUAAGGAAUUGGUUAUUCAACUUCCUUCCUAUUCUCAUUAUUAUAGAAUCUCUACAGUGUAGAAACAGGCCAUUUGGCCCAACUUGCCCAUACUGACCCUCCAAAGAGCAUCCUAUCCAGACCCACCUUCCUAUCCUAUCCCUGUAACCUUGCAUUUCCCAUGGCUAAUCCACCUUACCUAGACAUUCCUGGGCACUAUGGCCAAUUUAGCACAGCCAAACCACCUAACCCGCAUACCUUUGGACUGUGGGAGGAAAUUGGAACGCACGGAGGAAACCCAUGCAGACAAGGUAGAAUGUGCAAACCCCACACUGACAGUAGCCUGAGGCUGGAUUUAAAUCUGGGUCCCUGCCCUGUGAGGCAACAGUGCUAACCACUGAGCUACCGUGCCUCAUUCUAGCAAUUGUAUGCUGCCUUGAAUGCGAUGAUAUCUGAUUAACUGUGUAAUGCCAUUUUUUUUUGCAGAGGAGUCAUCUUCAUGUAGAAGGGCUACCAGAUCUCAGAAAGGACAAUCUGGAAAAUGGUUUCAAUAGAACAUGUAAAGGGGCAAUUUAAGUGCAACUCUUCCGAUUUAAAUAGAUAGUCCUCAUUGUUACAACAGUACAUAAAGAAUGGUAGAAUACUAUCUGGGGAAUGUAUAUGUCCUGGAUAUCUUGCACUGAUACCCAGAGUGUUAAUCUUUGGAUCUUUUUCAGUUUGAGAGGAUAGAUAAAAAACUUAGGAAUAAUAAGGUAAUAAAUGACCCAACAACCAAUUUGAGCUCAGAUCCAUAGCAGCAGAAACUUGGAGAAAAGCUGAUAUUCAUACUGUUGGCGAAAGCCCUACAGCAUUAUCUGAAACAUAAUGUUCAAUGCAGUGCCAAUGUUCACAAUUAGCUCUAAUGUUUUGAGUAGCAUGGUGAGCCCCUCAAGUAAAUAAGAAAACAUUGAGAACUACAGCCUUUUCCAUCAACUGGGAAUCGAUCUCCAACUGUUAAGUAUCAAAGUUCACUAACUCCAUGUCCACUGUUUAUUCUUUGAACUUAGUAGUGUGUACUCAAAACAUGCUGAUAUAUGGAUGUUGUUUCUUGUUGCGUUUGUGAUGUUUGUGUUGUUUGGUUAAAAAUUAUGAGAAAAAAGGAUAAAUUAUUAUUUAUUAAAUUUUUUAACAAAUGCAGAGCGCAAUUUGCAUCUCUAGUG